GGUUUGAGCAACAUCCGACAAUUGCUUCUUGUCAUGACCACUGAUUAUCACAAUGAGAUAUCCUAACAUCCUAGAUAUUACAUUUUAUUCAUACCGUCUACCCUGCGCAUCUGUUAGAUCUACCGUUCAGUCCUUGCACGAGCACUAAAGAGCACUAAAGAGGACCGCAAGGGCGCGGCCGCAGACAGUACAUUUCUUGGCAACCUCUACAUGAUUUAAGACAGCGCCAUAGGUUAACUGCCGAAAACGUUGCGACAAGGCUUUCCGGCCCCAAUCGCUAAGCGACCUUGGCAUCCUGACGCCUUAGGUCGACGAGCUCAGCGUUAGCAACAGUAGUUUUCUAUCUCAGUUAACAACUUAUCGUCCUUAUCGGGCUGCCGCAUCUGGCGGAGGCGGACGCGCAGUGGACACGCGAGUCCACCUGCGCGCAACUACCUCAGGCCCGGCGCACCUUCCGUCACACCCGCCCGCCCGCGCUUCCAACGCUGCCGGCACAAGGCAUCCGUCUGUACGACCACUUACUCAGCCAAUCAGUCUUCGGCCCAGCUGUUGGGAGACAGCUCCCAACAAAUGACCGCCCUGGUCACUACCACCACUACUCCCAAUACCAGCCGCUGCCCCGCAGUACCUCCAUGGCAGCGACCACAUGGGCCCUCAGCGCCCUGCCUGCAGCCCUGCCGCAGUAGACACCCGCAUCCACACAUCAGCCUUAGACCCGCCCUGUACAGCAGCAGGUGUAGCAGCAGCAAUGCUAGCAGCUGUCGUACAGCGCUUACCCGCUGCUACAGCUGCCACAGCAGUCAGGGUUGCGGCACCAGCGGCAACACUGGCCAAGCCAACGCCCCUCGCUACAGCCCCCACUCGGCGCCGCUCUUUCAAACACACCGCCGCCAUUACCACCGCUACGGCUGGCGGAGUGGGACGAGCAGUAGCGUCCCCGGCGUCUCCGUCCGCAGUAGCUUCGGCAGCCUGAGCAGUAGCAGCAGCAGCAACAGCGGCAGUAGCAGCCGCCGUACAGGAGGUCUCGGCGGCGGCUGCAGUGCCCCGAGGGCUCUCCUCCGCGGUCCCCUCCCUCCCUCCGCAUCCCCCUCCCCCUCCUCCCCCUCCUCCUCCCCCUCCUCCCCCUCCUGGUCCCCCAACCCCAUGGAGCUGGUGCGGCGGGAGGCGGGGCUGCAGAGCACGCGGAUCGACCCACGGGUCAGGGAGCGGGUGGAGGAAGCGGUGGAGCGGCUGGGAUGCAGAGUCACGUUGGGUGACGUGGCGGCCCGAGCGGGUGUGCGGCUGGAGGAGGCGGACGGGGCGCUCAAGGCGCUGGCGUACGACACACAGGCGUCACUGCAGGUCUCCUCCGAGGGCGAGGUGGUGUACGGCUUCGCAGCUGACUUCCGUACGCAACUCCGAAACCGCUCGGUACAGCUCCGAGCCGCUCCGCUGCUUCGCCGUGCAGCGGCCGUGGUCGGCUACCUGACCCGUGUUGCCUUCGGAACCGCGCUGGUCGCUUCGGUGGUGGUGGUGUGGCUGGCGGUGCUGCUGCUGCUGAGCAAUGCGGGACGGAGCGAUGACCGCGAGGAUCGCGGCAGGGGCGGCAUGCGCUGGCAUGGAGGCGGAGGCGUGAGGAUGUUUGUGGAUUUGACGGAUCUGCUGUUUUACAUGGAUCCGAACUAUUACAGCGCCCGAGCCCAGCGUGCUGCCACCGGCUCCGACGGCAACAGCAGCAGCAGCAGCAGCAUGAGCUUUCCGGAGGCUAUCUUCUCAUUCGUGUUUGGGGAGGGCGACCCAAACGCCGGCUGGGAGGAGCGGCGCUACCGGGCUCUGGGGGAGGCCAUCCGCGCUAAGGGCGGUGUGGUCACAGCCGAGGAGAUGGCGCCCUUCCUCGACCCGCCCGCGCCCGCACCCCUGCCCGCCGACCCCCACACGCCCUACGCGCCCUACCCCGACGAGAGCUUCGUGCUGCCCGCGCUCAUCAAGUUUGGAGGAGAGCCGGUUGCGGACGAGCAGGGGCGGCUGUUGUACCGCUUCCCCGCACUACAACGUACGGCAGUACGACAAACGGGUCGCUUCUUCCGGCAGCGGCAGCAGCGGGAGGCGGAGGAGGCGGAGGAGCUGCAGGAGGAGCCCUGGGAGCUCACCACGGCAUCGUCCGGGCAGGUUGCCGCCGCGGUGGCUCUGGGUCUGUUGAACCUGCUGGGUGUGGCGCUGCUGGGCGGGCUGCUGGCCGACCCACGGGCCACCUACCUGCUGGCGGCGCAGGGGCUGGGCUGGCUGCCGGGGCUGCUGGCGCCGCUGCAGCUGUAUGCGGCGGCGUUCUUCGCCAUUCCGGGUGUCAGGUGGCUCCUGAACAGCCGCCGCAAUGCCGCCAUAGAGGGCCGCAACGAGGUGCGCAGCCGGGCCGCCGAGCUGCUGCGGGGAGGCGACGUGCUGCAGGCAGCCGCGGCGGCAGCAGCAGCGGGGCCCGCGGCGGCGGCAGCGGCGCGUGCGGGAGCGGCGGCGCUGGUGAGUAAGAUGGAGGCGGCACGGGAGGUAGCAGAGCAGGAGGCGGGAGGAGGGAGUGGGGAUGAGGUGGCAGGGGGAGGUGGAGGGAGGAGGCGGCUGGGGCCGAGGUUGGUGUCGGAUGCGGAUAUUGUGAGAGAGGAGAGGCGAGAGGAAGGGCUCAGACUGGCUUUGGGGGCAGCAGGAGGCAGGGUAUUAGGGCUGAGGGUUGUGGUGAGGGGAGGCUAUACUAAACCAGCAGGGCAGACGAGUGGCAUGGGCGAUUGUUUUGGGUUGUGGGGCGGGAUGCUCAAGUGCAACAGUUUGGAGACAGACCCCCACAGCUUUGCAUGGUGGAUCGCUGGUGCGAGGAGCGAGGAGCGAGGUUGCCAGAUUGUAAUAAAGGCAACGCUGUGGCGUUUUGGAUAAUAGACGAUUGGAAGGGUGAGGGUGUGGCCCGUGUGGGUUUGCUGAGUUCGGCUAGCCCAGCAUUCUGGCUUGCGAGUAGUGACUCGGCUUUUCUCACGUUGCGUCGUAGUCCCUGCCCCAUGGCAGACACCGUAGUUGUGUGGAGUUAAUUGGUAAGAGUUUAGAGGCGCUCCUUUAUGGCUAUUGGCCUGCAUUCCUGUACUCGAGGAACCAAGUAAGCUACGACGGCGAAAGAUGAGGGGUCCAUAAGUUUCCAACUACAACCUCGUGC